AUGAUUUGGAUUAAUCUGAUGUUACUUUUGGAAGAUACAGAAACGGUGGAACACCUUCAGAGUGUACUUUUGCUUGGCUCUGUUGCGAUUUGUCGUGAAUGUGUCAGUCUACAUAUUGGUCAGGCGGGAACACAGAUUGGCGCCGCGUGCUGGGAGCUUUACUGUCUGGAACACGGUAUUCAGCCAGAUGGAUGUAUAUCCUCUACGAAAGGGACUGAAGAUGAGAGUAAAUCUUUCACAACGUUCUUCAGUGAAACCGGACGAGGACACUUCGUUCCACGAGCAGUGUUUGUGGAUCUCGAACCAAGCGUAGUAGACGGUUUGCGAACCGGUACUCAUCGCCAGUUGUUUCAUCCAGAACAAAUCAUUAGUGGGAAGGAAGACGCCGCGAAUAACUACGCUCGCGGGCAUUACACGGUAGGAAGGGAAAUCAUUGACCAAGUGAUGGACCGCAUCCGAAAACUAACGGAUCAGUGUAAUGGAUUGCAGGGAUUCCUAAUUUUUCACUCUUUCGGCGGUGGUACCGGGUCAGGUUUCACGUGUUUGUUGAUGGAACGUCUAUCAGUGGAGUAUGGAAAGAAGGCUAAGUUGCAGUUCGCUGUAUAUCCAGCGCCGAACAUAGCUACAGCUGUGGUGGAACCCUACAAUACUGUACUCGCCACGCAUAUGACACUAGAGCAUGCAGACUGCACAUUUAUGGUCGACAAUGAAGCCAUUUAUGACAUUUGCCGUCGUAGUCUGACUCUUGAACGACCAACAUAUACCAAUUUGAACCAGUUAUUUAGUCAAGUAGUGAGUUCUGUUACGGCUUCACUGCGCUUCCAAGGUGCUUUGAAUGUGGAUCUGAACGAAUUUCAGACUAACCUUGUUCCGUAUCCUCGUGUUCACUUCCCUCUCUCAUCUUACGCUCCAGUGAUUUCAGCUGACAAGGUCCAUCAUGAGCAACUAAACGUGAUGGAACUGACAAACACAUGUUUUGAACCUGUCAACCAGAUGGUUAAAUGUGACCCCCGUCGCGGUAAAUAUAUGGCAUGUUGUCUACUCUAUCGUGGAGACGUAAUUCCCAAAGACGUGAACAACGCCCUAACGCGUGUGAAGGCUCAGAAAUCAAUCCAGUUUGUAGAAUGGUGUCCGACUGGUUUCAAGAUUGGGCUGAACUGUCAACCACCCACAGUAGUGCCGGGGAGUCAGCUGGCCCCAGUCAAACGCGCAUUGUGCAUGCUGAGCAACACAACGUCGAUCUCGGAGGCAUGGACUCGUAUCGAUCACAAGUUCGACUUGAUGCAUGCGAAGCGAGCGUUUGUCCAUUGGUUUGUAGGUGAGGGCAUGGAAGAAGGAGAAUUUACCGAGGCGCGCGAAGACUUGGCUGCUUUGGAAAAAGACUAUGAUGAGGUUGCUUGUGAAAGUAAUCGUGGUGAUAACGAUGAUGUAGUGUACUAA